UCCCUACUUUGAUGAUUUUGAUCUGUCAUUUGUCCGUCGAACGCAUUUUGUAACCAAUUCAAAACAUUUUUAAUUCCUACACGAUUAUUAAGUGUGAAUAUGUUGAUUUCUUAAACUUUUCUUUGGUUAAUAGUGGAUAAGGCUACAAAAUGGGUGGAAAAAGUAAACAGGCGCAAAGGACGAAGAACAAUGUUCGGCCAUCGAGCAGUGGUCGCAGUGCAGAGCAGCUGUGUGGGCUAGCUGGCACAGGAAUGGGGCUGGGCGGCACCACUCUGUUCCCAUCACUAGCAGUCGCUGUGCAAGAUGCCAUGCUGUCCACUGACUUUGCACUAUGCUUCAAGAAGCUCAACAAGAAGGAUCCAGUAACGAAAGCUAAGGCGCUACAGGAGCUGACGGAGCUAGUGCAGAACAGCAAGGCGGACGACGUGGUGGCGGCGUUGCCCUGCUGGACGCACGCCUACCGCGCCCUCGCCGUCGAGUCCGAUAGGAAGGUGCGCGAGCUGACGCAGGCGUGCCACGGCGCCGUGUGCAGCGCCAGCGGGCGGCGCCUGGCGCCGCAGCUGCGGGCGCUGCUGCCCGUGUGGCUCACGGCGCAGUACGACGACCACGCGCCCGCCAUGGCGCGCGCGCAGGCUUCGCUACACAGGACGUUUCCCGAAAACAAGUUGCCGGACGCCAUCUCGUUCUGCAAGGAGGAGAUCCUGACGCAUCUAAUCGACAACCUGCUCGACCCGAACGCGGCCAUCGGCAAAAAGGCGGAGGGGGAGGAGCGCGCGGCGGCGGCGGAGCGCGUGGCGGCGGCCAGCCUGCAGGGGCUGCGCUACGUGUGCGGCCGCCUGGCGCGCGCGCACGACGCGUGGCUGUGGGCGCGCCUGCAGCCGCUGCUGGGCGCGCCCGCCUUCUGGGCGCGGGGCGCGCACGGCGCCGCGGCCGUGCGCGCGGCCUGGUACGGCACCGCUGCGGCGCUGGCGGCGCGCGCCGGCGCCGCGUGGCCGGGCUGGGCGGGCGCGGCGGGCGCGCGCCUGCUGCGGCUGCUGCUGGGCGCGCGAGAGUCGCCCGCCGCCGGCGCCGCCGCCGCGCGCCACUGGCGGGCGCUGCUGCAGGCGCUGCACGCCGACCCCGAUUGGUACGAGCGGCUCGAGAAAAAGGACGCCCUAACGAAGAAGAUAAUAGAGACGUUGGAGAGCGGCGGGUGGGGCGACGCGCGGCGGCUGGUCGAGACGCUGCUGCCGCUGCUGGCGCUGCUGCCGCCGGCGCUGCUCACGGAGGAGUUCUACACCGCCUUCUUCAACGCCUGCUUCGUCGGGUUCGAGAAGAAGAGCGUCGUGAACUGCAAGAGCGAGCGCGAGGCGUGGAUCGCGGGCGUGGCGGAGUGCGUGCGCCACGUGUCGCAGGGCGCGGGCGCGGCGGGCGCGGGCGCGGCGGCGGGCGCGCUGCGGGCGUGGGCGCGCGCGGCGCUGGGCGCGCGGGGCGCGGCGCGCGGCCCGUGCGCGCGGCUGGCGGGCGCGCACAUGGGCGCGCUGCUGCGCGGCUGGCCCGGCCCGCUGCAGGCCGCCGCCUGGCGGAACCUCGCCGACGUCAUGCUGCAGCAGCUCGACGACCUCGAUGCCGCCGAGCCCUUCGACGCCGACGCCUUCGCUUCCCUUCUCGACACGCACGCGCUCUUCCUUCGGACGUUGAAGACGUCGGACGCGCAGGUACUCUCGCCUCCCGGUAGUUGUGUCAUAAAUAGUUUUCGGACGAAGCGACGUAGCGUUCCUCGUGUCGUCUUCCAGCCCCCGAAGCCGCGGCCGACGAUCAGGUUCGAGGACGAGCCGGAGACGGAGGAGGAUCCGCGAAGUGAAUCGUCGACCCCCGGCGACUCGGCCCCGCCUCGCGAGGCGUCCUCGCCCCCGGAGACGGGCGACGCCCCGCCGACGGCGGCGGAGGAGGCGGCGGCGGCGGCGCGCUACGCGCUCAGCCUGCAGGAGUGCGCGGAGCGCGUGGCGGCGCGGGCCGUGCGGCUGGCGGCGCAGCACGCGGCCGCGGCCGCGGCGGGCCGCGCGCUGCCGCCGCUGCUGGAGCAGUUCGCGUCGCGCGCGCUGCUGGCGGCGGUGGGCGCGGCGCUGGGCGCGGCGCGGCCGGACGCGCUGUACCACGUCGUGCUGCUGCCGUGGCUGCGGGCGCCCGCCACGCGCGCCUCGCCCGUGCUCGACCUCGCCUUCCAGCUCAUGCGGCAUCUCACCGAGGACGAGCGGGACGGGAUCUACGACACUUUUGAACAGGGCGGGGACGCCGUGUGCGAGUGGGCGGUGUGCGCCAGCGCCGCGCACCCGGCGUGCACGUGGGCGGCGGCGCGGCGCUGGCUGCGCGGCGCGGCGGCCGCCCGCGCGCUGCAGCGCUGCGUGGGCCGCGCGGCCGGCUGCGCCGCGGCGCGCGCCGCGCUGCUGGGCUGCCUGGCCGCGCCGCCGCCGCCCGGCCCGGCCGCGCCGGCCGCCGGCCCGCUGCUGGACGCCGCGGCCGCCGCCGCCGUGCUGGCCGCGCUGGCGCAGCAGCUGGCGGCGGACCCGCAGCCGCGCACGGCCGCGCUGGCGGCGCAGCUCGCCGCCUCGCUGGCGGCCGCCGCCCCGCCCGACGGGUACCGGGAACUGCUGCUUGCGCUCUACGAGCUCACGCUCAACCGACAGAUUAGUAUUUUUAAUGUAUUUUUCAUCUCCCCGGUUUAUCCGUAUAUUCGGUCGACGUCGUUCGCCCGGCAGUCGUGGGAGGUGUCCCCGGAGACGCUGACGGAGGCGCGCGGCGCCUGGCAGGACGGGCUGCUGGCGCUGGCGCCGCCGCUGCGGGACCGCCUCGUCGACGAGAUGCUGCGCCUGAGGGAACAAUACUUGCAGCAGAGUUCGGAAGAGCUCGAUCUGUCCCGCGUGGAGCACGCGACGAGCCUGUGCGCGUACAUGGUGGACCCGCAGGGGCCGGCGCAGGAGGCGGCGGCGCUGCUGCGGCGCGCGCUGCCCGCGGCCGGGGAGGCGCGCGCCGCCGCGCUGCCGCUGGCGCUGCUGCACGACGUGGUGAGCGGCCGCCUCGUGUGCCCGGCGGGCUUGGAGGCGGGCGCGCCCCCGCGGGCGGCGCAGCUGCGGCCACUGCUGCGCACGCUGGCGGCGCGCGGCGUGCUGCUGCGCGGGCUGGCGCGCGCGCACGCGGCCGGCGCCGCGCUGCUGGCCGCCGCGCCCGUGCGGCCGCAGCUGCUGGACCUGCUGCACGACUACGCCCUCCUGUGCUCGCUCAAGGACGGCUACGCUUUCUGGGCCCAUUACGAGGACAUCGCGGCGACGGAGCGCCAGGUGGGCGCGCUGCUGGGCGACAUGGUGCCGCAGCUGCCGGGCGCGGAGACCCGCGCCGUGGCCGCGGCGCUGGCGGCGGCGGCCGGCGCCGGCCACUACUGGGCCUACGCCCGCGCCCACUUCGCCCGCUGCGCCGGGGGGCUGCCCGGGGACGCCGCCCCCGACCACGCGCUCACGGGCGACGGGUUCUUCCACGCGGUUCAGGCGGAAGCACAUACUCAAGGGGACGAAGAGAGCAGGCUGCGUGCGCUGCAGCUGUGUGCGCUGCGAGCCCUGCUGGCCGUGCUGCCGCCGGGCGGGCUGGGCGGGCCGGCGCCCGGGCUGGGCGGGCUGGCGCCCGGGCUGGGCGGGCCGGCGACCGAGCUGGGCGGGCCGGAGCCCGGGUUGGGCGGGCGCGACGCGCUGGCUGCGCUCGACGCCCUCGUCGACGCGCACUACAGGCACCCCGACAACAUGCUCUAUGACACGGACAUAUCAUCGGCUCCAUGGAACCGCGUGACGUGGGCGGCGGCGGCGCUGCGCCUGUGCGCCGGCACCAUAGCGGCGCGCGGCUGGGACUUGGCCCCGAGCCACUGGGACUUCGCCACCAUCUCGCUCGCCUCGCUGCUGGGCUCGCUACAUGCGUCCAGGCAUUCGUGGGGGUGCGCUAAGGUGGCGACGGUGUGGGUGGCGGCGGUGCAGCUGCUGGAGGCCGUGGCGCAGUUCGUGGAGGCGCUGCCGGCGCAGGCCGCGCAGCGCCGGCCGGCGCCGCACGUGGCGGCGCUGCCCGCCGAGUGGCGGCACGUGUUCCGCGCGCCCGUGGCCGCGCACCUCUACGCCGCGCUGCUGCACGUGCUCGAGAAUAACGCAGACAGCUCGGAGAUGACGUCAUGCGAGGCGCGCGUGGUGUCGUCGCUGUGUCGCGCGGUGCGCGUGGUCCGCUGGGAGCACGCGGCGGGGGCGGCGCCGGGGGCCGCGCCGGGGGCGCCCCCGCUGGCGGGCGUGGCGCAGGCGGCGGCGCGCGUGCUGGCGGCGCCGGCGCACCACGCCUACAAGUACCUGGCCUACCACACGCUGCGGCAGCUGGCCGACCCGCUCGUGCUGGACGACGCCGAAAAGCUCCGCGCCUGGGCCCCGGCGGAGACGGUCGGCGAGGGUGACGAAGAAGAGGAGGAGAGUGCGGCGCGACCACGCUUCCUGCUGCACUACUUCCACGAGCCGCUGCUGCAGCUGCAGGAGCAAGUCGACGCUGCGCUCGCGCACCAGGGAGGCGCCAAGCCCGAGGCGGCGGAGGAGGAGCCCCCGGCGGGCGCGCGGCUGGACGCGCGCGAGGCCAGCGCGGCGCUGGGGCUGCUGCUGCUGUGGGACGCGGCCGACGGCUGCGUGCGGCGCGCGCGCGCCGAGCUGGCGGCGCAGUACGCGGCGGCGGCGCGCGGCGCGCGGCUGGCGCAGCGCCUGCUGCCGGCCGCCGCGGGCCGCGCCGCAGCAGCCGCCGCCGCUGCACCACAUGUUCCUCUCCGCGCCGCCGCUCUCCGUCGACGGUCAGUGUGCGCCGCGCCGGCGCGCUCGGCCGCCGCGCUCGCCUUGAACGUUCCGUUGCCCGCAGAGCCGGCGGGCGAGCUGCAGCUGCAGUGGCUGGCGUGCCGCGCGCUGUUCACGGGCGUGUCGGGCGUGUGGGCGGGCUGCGCACGCGCGUGGCGCGGCGCCGCGGAGCCCCGCGAGGCCCGAGCGCUGUCGCGGCUGGUGGCCGCGUACGUGGCGCCCGAGCUGGUGGAGCGGCAGCUGGGCGCCGUGCUGGCGCGCGCCGCCGAGCUGGAGGACGCGGACGUGGGCGUGCACCGCUCCACGCGCGAGGUGUGGUGCGUGGUCCGCGUGGAGGACAGCGGCGUGGAGCUGCGCGUGUGGCUGGGCGCCGACCACCCGCUGACGCCGCCGCGCGUGGAGGCGCCGGCCACGCGGCACUCGGCCGCGCCCGCCACGCACUGGCUGGCCGUGUACCUGGCCUACCAGAACGGCUCCGUGCUCAACGCGCUCAAGAUGUGGCAGCGCGCGGUCACGGCGCGCGUGGACGCGGCGCCGCAGUGCUACAUCUGCUACUGCCGCCUGCAGCCCGGCACGGGCCGCCUGCCCUCCGUGCCGUGCCGCCAGUGCCGCAACAAGUUCCACAACCUGUGCCUGCGCAAGUGGUUCUCGUCGAGCAACAAGUCCAACUGCCCGCUGUGCCGCGCCACCUUCUAGCGACGCGCGGGCCGGCGGAACCCGGUCCGGAUGAUAUGAUGACGUCCGCUCGCCCGGUCGAAAUUUGUAAAUAGCGUCCUUCCAUCUGUUUUCUCAAAUUAACAUUAUCGACUGUUAGAAAUAACAACGAAAUAAAUUAUUUUAAAUAGAA